AUGCCAAGUCCGGCAGAGACAAAUAGCACUCCUGAUAUGGAAUCUCCGCCUUGUGAGAUCCUCGAAACCCCUCAAACGAUCGAAAAUCUGUCUAGCCCCAUUCCCCAGAUUCAGCUCACAUCACCUGGAAGGACUACCCAGUCUUUCGCCCCGAAAUACGAUAUCAAUCCACUCACUGGUGCGAAGGAACAUCGAAAAUAUCCUUCUCGACUUCGAGAGCCUGAUUUCCAAAAUACUCCUCAAGUCCAUCCCAUUCAUUCAUUAUGGUCUCCCGAGGAUAGCGAAAACCUCACCCAGUUUCCUGAAACUCAUGAUAGUUCGGUGAAAAUGGCUACAACCACAACGGGGAACAGUCCCAAAGUAAAAUUCUCACCUGGAUCGCUCGCUGCAACUCCCUCGCCCCCGAUGAAAUUGCUUCCUACUACCACGCUCAUUUCUGCGGGUGCUGCCCCACCAGGCGUACCUACUUCCCAUUCUAUUCGCUCGCUCGACACCCUGAUUGAGAAUCACACUUGGCGAGAGCGCGCUCAAUUAUCUUCUCUGACUGGGAGACUUUUUCCAGGUACACCCACACAAAUGGCCCCAAAACUCAAAGCGCUGCCCUCUCCUCCCACAGGCAUCGAGCCGAUGACCGAGUUUUCCGAAAAGAAGGAGAUGCAUCUGUCAAGAGCUCCCACCCCUCCAAUCUCCUUGCCUCAGUCCAGUUCUUCCUCUUCUUCAUUGGGCAGACAGGGAAAGAUGGGAUCAUUUGGCUCCGUUUUCACCAAAGCUACCAAUAAGGUCUUUCAAAGUCUUCGUGUGCGUCUCACUCCAAAGACUACGGAAAGUACCAGUAAAGGAAAAGGCAAAGAGCGAGCGGUUGACAAUCCGGAUUCGAGGUGGGACGAAGAUAGCACCGAGGGAGUCCUGGUCGGUCCCAGCGAUUAUUGCGGAUCUCUAUCUACUGUACUGGACCGACCUGCAGCCUUUCACAGAUCCCCUCUUCCUCAAGAAUUCAGAAGUGAUAGUCCCUUGAGCUGGACGAAGAUACAAGCUCCAUCUGUAAUGUCAAAUGAAAGUCAAAAGCCCGUUCAAGGACCCUCUCAGGGGAGUAUUCGUAUGGCAGAAGGAAGUGGUACGGAUCACAUGGUGAGGAAAUCGAGUCCAAGACCUAUUCCUAUCCCUGUAGGUUUUUCAACGGAAAGAGAUGUAUUCUCACCAACCUCGAGUUUAAUGCAGAUUCCAUCCCUAGACUCCAGCACUGGUCAGCAACGAUGGGACACGUCAAGAACGAGAUUUGGAUUGCUCAAAGGUCAACGUUCUUCUCAAGACGUAAUCCCAACUAUUCCGCGGGAACAAAGUGUAAAUGUCGCCAUGGGAAAUGGUGAUGUGUCUAAUGAAGUCGAGUCGGCUCACUCAUCAUCCUCUGCGUAUUCCGUACGAUCCAGCUCAAAUCUGUCGGACCAGUCGAUGCGUCAUAUGACUUGCGGUCAAAUUCUUCCUCGUCCAGAUGAUACAGAACCGAUCUCUGAAGGACAUCCAUACUCCAACAUCUCUGAUUUGCUCAAUAAUCUACCUUCGGCAGAUAGUCACUCUUCUCUUAGCAGUCUGAUGGCUGAAAUAGCACCAGGAGAGAAGACCCGUCGAGCGGAUGCGAACUCGAUUGAUCAAUACUAUGAUGGCCCUUCACGCGGGACACGAGAAGAAGAAGGAGACGUUUCGAUAGAUACCAUUCGUCAACCUUCUCCAAAUGAUCGCGAAGAAGCUCAAGGCAAUCUUUGUAUUGGCCAACCGACCUCCAAUGAAGUUAGACAAAGGGAAAGGCCAGCAGUUCUUCGAGCCAGACCUCUUGGAGGGGUUCAACCUGGACGAUCGGCUCGUCGACGUAGCGGGAUCGAUAGUCAAGGAAAUCCAUUUUCUUACUUCUCAGUAUGGACCCCAGACCGACCGGCAGAGGAGAGUGGGAGUGAUGAAACCUCUGGAAGUCCGACUGAGGAACAACAAGAGACCCUCUUGCCCUAUCUCCAUGGGGAGUCGGUGGAAGGGAACCGAGAUGAUGAAGUGGGAUUCGGCUCGAACUCCAGUCCGUUGCGGACUUCUUCGAACAGGGGCGAUCCUUGCGUGAGACAAGCCGUAUGCUCGACUGUACCACAUCAACCUAUGGAGAUUGCCAUUCAACAAGCGUCGGACAAUACUCGUGGACCGCAGAUCCCCGAGCGCAUCGUAUCGGAACAGAGCGACACACCAUCUCAUGCAACCAGCCCGACCGAGCGUCAAGCCGCUCAUACCGACACUGGUCCUAACGAAGGAGUAAUCAGUCCAAAAACUCAAGCUCCAGACCUAUUGCGACACAACCAAACUAAUCCUCCGAUUGGUGAUAGGGUGAGAUACAGAACCUCGUCACCCGCUUCCACAUUAGCUCCGUUUCAUUUUGAUGAUGAUAGUUAUUCUUCAGGAAGUCCAAAUUCCCCGAUUACUUCACAUGUGGGCGUCGUGGAUCGUGCCAGUGAUCCAAAUGCUAUCGUCACCAACUCAUCUCUUCCUUCGGAGUAUGAUCCUCUUCAUCGACCUUCCAGUCGAUUUGACUAUCAUGGUCCGAUUACCAUGGGUCCUAGGUCACAUUUCCACAAUCCCAUGCGACAUUCUGUUAAUCCCGCAUCACGAAUGCUUGGUCCUGUAUCUCUACCACAAAUGUCAGAUUAUCACCCUGCGUCACAUGAAGCAAAUGUACCCAUUGUCACAGAAUGGAAUCAUAUGACCCAACCAUGGGGUCAUAACCAUCCUUAUGGUCAUAAUCCUACUUCUCAUCAUGUGAUGCCUGACAUGUCAAACUACGACCCCUCGUCACAUGAAAUGGGAUAUACAGAAACAUCAAAUUAUGAUCCUUCUUACAAUAUGGGACCGUCUGAUAUACCUUACCACCCUAUAUCACAUGAAAAUUACGAUCAUUCGAGAUAUUCUGUUGCCCCCACAACAACUGGAGGCUUAUGUCUAACACCUUAUCAGUCGUUGCAAUCAAACCCAACUCCCUCUACCCGAUCUGUCAGUCGAUCAGAUGUCGGGGAUUCAUCUGAAGUUCGAAUGGUAGAAAAGAGAAACACGAACCAAAUUGAAAGACCUCAAUCACGUUACAAAUCUCGUUCUUUCUCCGGUCGUCCUCCUAUCCGAACACAAUCACCUAUGCCAGCACAUGUCAGUGCGGAAGAUGUCACACUUCAUUCUUCUCCUCCACACUCGCGUAGAGAAGACACCGAUGCAGAACAUCAAGAGAUUAUGGAGGGGAGAGAAGAUAAGGAAGAGAGGAAUAAGAUAGGUAUUAGGGAAAUGAAUUAUGAUACAGAGAGAUAUUCGAUGGAUGCUGCUUCCAUGUUGGGUCAUACGGGUUUAUCACCACCUUUACAAGAAUCUAUGAAAGUUCCUUUUGUCGAAAGACCUAAUUCACCAAGACGGACAGGUUUGGAGAGGUUUAGGAGUAAGAUGAAGUUGUUGAGGAAAGAUCGUGGGAUGGUUUGA